UUGAUGGGCUGGAUUGCAUUUAUCCUAGCAGCAUCAGUUAACCGGACGCACGCUAGGUGGCAGCAUUUCACCGUCAUGCUCUUUACCGUGCUUGUUUGGUUCAGCGAGGAAGACGCCUUUGUAAGCUAGGCUCUUCCAUCCAUCAGUACCUUUUCUGUCAUUUAGCGACAACUAUAAAACACAAUGGGGUACUAAUCAAAAUCGCUUUUGCGAAAAUAUUUGAGUCGUUUUAGAUUCAAUUCUCACAGCGUUCGGUUUACUCAAAGGUUUCCACCAGUCUCUCUGGAGCUGUGACUACACUUGGUCGUGAUGAAUCGGCCAAAGCCAACGGCCCUGCGGCGCCCCAGUGCUGCGAAAACAUCGGGUCAUCCCCCACCCGGAGACUUCAUCGCUCUGGGCUCAAAGAACCAGGGCGGCGACUCUAAAGCCCCCGCUGUCCUCCUGAAGCCGGCCGCCGCCGUUCUACCUGCUGACCGCAAGAGAGAGUCUUCUUCCGCCCUCCCGUCCUCAUCAGGGCUGUCCAGCCUCACCAAGCGGCCCAAGCUUUCCACCACGCCCCCGGUCAGUGCCCUGGUACGCCUCGCUGAUGUUGCGGCUGCGGACAAGAGGGCGAUAUCACCCUCCAUUAAGGAACCAUCGGUUAUUCCUAUCGAAGUUUCACCGGCGCUGCUGUUGGACGACAUCGAGUUGGCAGAGUCGGAGGGCAACGACGAGCGCAUCGAGGGCCUGCUGUGUGGCGCGGUGAAGCAGCUCAAGAUGAACCGAGCCAAGCCGGACAUCACGCUGUACCUCAGCCUCAUGUUCCUGGCCAAGAUCAAACCCAACGUGUUUGCUACGGAAGGAAUCAUAGAGGCCUUGUGCAGCCUCCUGCGUCGAGACACUUCCAUCAACUUUAAAACAAAGGGGAACAGCCUGGUGUCUGUGCUGGCCUGCAAUCUGCUGAUGGCCGCCUACGAAGAGGACGAGAACUGGCCCGAGAUUUUUGUCAAAGUGUACAUCGAAGACUCCCUCGGGGAAAGAAUCUGGGUGGACAGCUCUCACUGCAAGAACUUUGUGGACAACAUUCAGACGGCUUUCGGCACCAGGGUGCCGCCCAAAAGCAUGCUACUGCAGGCCGACACGGGCAGAGCCGCUGGAGAUCUCAGUGCAGGUAACAGCCCUCAUCCGUCAACCCCCGAUGAGGACGACAGCCGGGCAGAAUUGCUUAUAGCGGAGGAGAAACUCAGCCCCGAGGAUGAGGGGCAGAUUAUGCCAAGGUAUGAGGAACUAGCGGAGAGCGUGGAGGACUAUGUGCUGGACGUCCUGCGGGAUCAGCUGAACCGCCGGCAGCCCAUGGACAACGUGUCACGGAAUCUGCUGCGCCUGCUGACCGCCACGUGCGGGUACAAAGAGGCUCGGCUCAUGGCCGUGCAGAGGCUGGAGAUGUGGCUUCAGAACCCCAAGUUGACCAGGCCGGCUCAGGACCUCCUCAUGUCGCUGUGUAUGAACUGCAACACGCACGGAGCGGACGACAUGGAGGUGAUCUCCAACCUGAUCAAAAUCCGCCUCAAGCCCAAAGUGCUCCUCAACCACUACAUGCUCUGUGUCAGGGAGCUUCUGAAUGCACACAGAGACAACCUGGCCACGAUGGUGAAGUUGGUCAUCUUCAACGAGCUGUCUAAUGCCAGGAACCCCAACAACAUGCAGGUUCUUCACACGUUGCUGCAGCACAGCCCGGAACAGGCGCCGAAGUUCUUGGCGAUGGUCUUCCAGGAUCUACUCACCAACAAGGACGACUACCUCCGUGCCUCGCGAGCUCUGCUGAGGGAGAUCAUCAAGCAGACCAAACAUGAAAUCAAUUUCCAGUCCUUCUGCUUCGGUUUGAUGCAGGAGAGGAAGGAAACCACCUACGUGGACAUGGAGUUCAAAGAGCGCUUUGUCAUCCAGGUGACAGAUUUGCUUACCGUCUCCAUGAUGUUGGGCAUCACAGCUCAGGUCAAAGAAGCCGGCAUCGCGUGGGACAAAGGGGAGAAGAAAAACCUGGAGGUCCUGAGGUCCUUCCAAAAUCAGAUCGCCUCCAUCCAGAGGGACGCCGUAUGGUGGCUUCACACGGUGGUUCCCACCAUCAGCAAAGUGGGCGCCAAGGACUACGUGCACUGCCUUCACAAAGUGCUUUUCACGGAGCAACCCGAGACCUACUACAAGUGGGACAACUGGCCGCCAGAGAGCGACAGGAACUUUUUCCUGCGUCUCUGCUCCGAAGUUCCCCUGCUGGAGGACACGCUGAUGCGCAUCCUGGUGAUCGGGCUGUCUCGCGAUCUGCCGCUUGGCCCGGCGGACGCCAUGGAGCUCGCCGACCACCUGGUCAAAAGGGCCGCUGGCGCUCAGUCCGACGAUCUGGAGGUCCUGGUUGUGGAGCGGAUCCAGCUCAUUGACGCUGUGCUCAAUCUGUGCACAUACCAUCACCCAGAAAACAUCCAGCUGCCUGCAGGGUACCAGCCUCCAAAUUUGGCAAUCUCCACCCUUUAUUGGAAAGCAUGGCUUCUGCUGCUGGUGGUAGCUGCAUUCAAUCCACAAAAAAUAGGCUUGACUGCCUGGGAUGGUUACCCUACCCUAAAAAUGCUCAUGGAGAUGGUUAUGACCAACAACUACACGUACCCGCCUUGCACCGUGGCGGACGACGACACAAAGACGGAGAUGAUCGGUCGCGAGCUGCAGAUCUCACAGCGGGAGAAGCAGGAGAUCCUGGCUUUCGAGAGCCACUUGGCUGCCGCGUCCACCAAACAGACCAUCACGGAGAGCAACAGCCUGCUGCUCUCCCAGCUCACCAGUCUGGACCCGCAGGGUCCGCCUCGUCGACCUCCGCCUCAGGUUCAGGAGCAAGUGAAGACCCUCAACCAGUCUUUACGUCUCGGCCAUCUUCUAUGCCGCAGCCGCAACCCGGACUUCCUGCUCAACAUCAUACAGAGACAGGCUUCCUCCCAGUCCAUGCCAUGGUUGGCAGACCUGGUCCAGUCCAGCGAGGGGUCCUUAGACGUGCUGCCCGUGCAGUGCCUGUGCGAAUUCCUCCUGCACGAUGCUGCGGACGACAGCCUGCACAUAGACGAUGAUGAUGAGGGAGGGAGUAAAGAGCAGAAAGCCAAGAGAAGACAAAGACAGCAGAAACAAAGGCAACUCCUCGGACGACUUCAGGAUCUUUUGUUGGGUCCCAAGGCCGAUGAGCAGACGACGUGCGAAGUUCUGGAUUAUUUCCUGCGUCGUCUCAGCUCCUCUCAGGUGGCUUCAAGAGUCCUGGCAAUGAAGGGCUUGUCACUGGUACUGACUGAAGGAGGUCUGAAGGAUGGAGAGGAACGGGACCAGCCCAUGGAGGAGGACUCUGCCGAUGCCGAGCUCCUGCCGGUGUACCAGUGGCUGCUGCAGGACCUUCCCAAACUCCCCAUGUUCGACAGCGUCCGAGGCAUGACGUCCACCGCCCUGCAGCAGGCCAUACACAUGGAGACUGACCCUCAGACCAUCAGCGCCUAUCUCAUCUACCUGUCACAGUAUGCACCAGUGGAGGAACAGGCUUCUCACAAUGACCUGGCUUUGGAUGUGGCCCGCCUCAUUGUGGAACGCUCCACCAUCAUGAACAACCUCUUCUCCAAGCACUCCUGCAGACCCGAGUCAGAGGCUGUCCUCAGCGCUUUCCUCUCCAUCUUCUCCACUUACAUCAGGAGGAUGAGGAAGACCAAAGAUGGGGAGGAUCUGUACAGCUGGUCUGAGUCUCAAGAUCAGGUGUUUCUGCGCUGGACCACAGGAGAGACCGCCACCAUGCACAUCCUUGUCGUCCACGCGAUGGUCAUCCUACUGACUCUGGGCCCUCCUAAAGGCGAAAGUGACUUCUACAAUCUUUUGGACAUUUGGUUCCCUGAUAAGAAACCUUUGCCAACUGCCUUCCUGGUAGACACGUCAGAGGAGGCCUUGCUGCUGCCUGAUUGGUUGAAACUGAGAAUGAUUCGAUCUGAGGUGCCUCGAUUGGUGGAUGCAGCAUUGCAAGACCUGGAACCUGAGCAAUUGCUACUGUUUGUGCAGUCGUUUGGAAUUCCCGUCUCGAGCAUGAGUAAACUGCUGCAGUACUUGGACCAGGCCGUCACUGUCGAACAACGGGCACUGGAGCAGAACAUCAUGGACAAGGACUACAUGGCUCACCUGGUGGAGGUGCAGCAUGAGCGAGGUGCCACCGGGGGGCAGGCUUUUCACAGAUUGCUGAUGUCAUUCCUUCCACCGCAGAGAGAUGCUCCUGAAUCAAAUAAAGCCAAAGUUCCAGUGGAAACGCCUCACGGCUCCGUUAAGAUGAGAGGAGCCACACAGCUUCAUACAGUCGGGCCUGAUGAUGACCUGACAGGCUUGAUGCUGAGGAUAUUCCCAUUGAAGGCAGAGCCGCGCUGGCCCAGCCCGCCCCCCGGCCAGCUCUCCCUGGCCUUGCAGCAGGCUCUGGCCAAAGAACUGAUGCGGGCCAAGCAGGGUCAGGUUCAUCAGGCCGGGCUGGCUCUGCAUCUCCUUCAGGCCAUGGCCGCCCUGCUUACCUCGACCCAUGCCGGGCCCAUCGUUCUGUCCAUGCACCGUAAUCAUGCCCUCGCUUGCCCGCUCAUGCGCCAGCUUCACCUUUACCAGCGCCUUGUGCCGCAGGACGUCUCCUUCUCAUCCCUAUUCCUUAAAGUCAACGUUGAGAUGCUCAUCUGGCUUGACAAUCCCUCCGUGGAGGCGGGCCCACUAAAGACUCUGCUCAAGUCUUUUAUUGGCCAAAAUUCUCACACACACAGGCACAAUGAUGUACGCUCAGGCUUCCUCCACCUGGCUGAGGCACUGGCGUAUCACAGCGACACUGAGGUGCCACUGAGAGCCAUCAUAGCGAUGCUGAAGGACGGAGAGAGAUGUAACGCAGAGGCGGAGCUUAUUGGAAAAGUCUUACAGGGGCUGAUGGAGACCAAGUCUCCAUAUUUGGAGGAGCUGUUGUCUCUGUUGAUGACAGUCAGCACCCAGAAGGGGCCGGCCGGCCCCGUUGCCAUGGUUAUUUCUUUACUGCUGCAAGAAAGCGAGGAGCGGGCCGUGGAGAAGGACCCGGACGCAAAUUCAAUCUCCGAGUUGACAAAGUCCGGCCUGAGCUCGGGUCUACUGGUGGGUUGGAUGGAGUAUUUGGACCCCGAAGUCACAUCCGUGUGUCCCGACCUUCAGCAGAAACUCUUGUUUGCCCUCAACAAGGCGCGAGGUACUCCGGCCUACAGGCCUUACCUUCUGGCCCUGCUCACGCAUCAGUCUAACUGGUCCACGCUGCUGCAGUGUAUCAGCACUCUGCUCAGCAAGCGCAAAGACUACAAACUGGACCCAACGUCAGCUCUUGAUUUCCUGUGGGCGUGCAGUCACAUCCCGCGCAUCUGGCAAGGACGUGACCAGAAGAUCCCUCAAAAGAAAACGGAGAUAUUUGUGAUGCAGCUGAGCUCCGAGGAACUCAUCAGCCUUGUGGAUCUGAUCCUGGCCGAGUCGGAGCUCAACUGUCGCGGCAAGAGGAGCGCGGCGGAGGAGGAGGUGUCCUGCUCUCUCAUCCAGGCCCGGCUGCCUCUCCUCCAUUCCUACUGCAACGGCCACCUGGACAACAUCAAGAAAGUGUCCGAGUACCUCAUCAGCUGCACCAAGAAGUGGGAAGACAGUGCCAUGAGUAAGCGUUGCCAGAACUUGCUUCUGCAAAUCUACCUCCACUUCCCCGAGGUCAUCCAGCACGUCGCCUUGCCUGAAGGCACGCUCAGCAGCGGUGGAACGGCGGGUGGCAGCAGCUGCAAGCUUGACAUGCUGGUCCACCGUCUGGUUACAUUGCUUGCCGAUGUAGUGGAAUCCAAAUCGGCUGAGGGACGCGUUUCUGACGCCAACCUCGCCUGUAGGAAACUGGCCGUGUCACAUCCUGUCCUCUUGCUCAGGCACCUGCCCAUGAUCGCAGGCCUCCUUCACGGCCGCAUUCACCUCAACUUUAGCGAGUUCCGGCAACAGAACCACAUGAUGUUCUUCAGCAAUGUGCUGGCCAUCCUGGAACUCCUGCAGCCCCUCGUCUUUCACACUGACCACCAGAGGGCGCUUCAAGACUGCCUCCUUUCCUUUAUGAAGGUCCUUAAGAACUUUCAAAGGAGUCGUUCCCCAUUGGUCUUCAUCAACAAGUUCCUCCACUUCACUCAAAAGUACAUUACCCACGAUGCAGCGGCUGCCAUUCCGUACCUGCAGAGGCACUCUGACAUAUUGCAGAGCAUGAGUGCAGAAAAUCCAGACUUGGUCCAGCUCAAGUCUCUGCUAGCCGGGCUCACUCUUCCUGUAAAAAGCUCCUCCACAGAGGUCUCUACCGAAGACGGAGAUGAUGAAAUUGCGGCCGGUUCCCUCCCUCUGGUCAACAUCUCCGCGUCUGUUCCGCUGAGCAGCGCCGACAUGACUACGUAUCUGAAGAAGAUUUCGAGAGGCGAGGCCAUGGAGGAUGUGUUGGAAGUGUUGAUAGAGGUGGAUGAGAAAUCGAGGAGGAGCCCGGAGAUCAUCCAGUACUUCACUAAUGACCUGCAGAGACUCAUGAUGUCCUCGGAGGAGUUGUGUCGGAACAUUGCCUUCAGCCUGGCGCUGCGCUGCAUCCAGAAUAAUCCCUGCCUGGCUAACGACUUCCUGCCGACAUUCAUGUACUGCAUGGGCAGCAGCGACUUUGACGUGGUGCAGACGGCUUUGAGGAAUCUUCCGGAAUACGUGCUGCUCUGUCAAGAACAUGCAGACAUCUUGCUCCACAAGGCGUUCUUAGUGGGCGUCUACGGACAAAUCGACACCAGUUCAAUGAUAUCAGAGUCCAUGAAGGUCCUUCACAUGGAAGCAAUUUAACUUCAUUCAGUCGCAUUCGCAUGGAAAAUGAUGUAUCAACUUUUUAAUGGGCAGUUUAUAGUCCAAACGCACAUUUAUUUGAUUCAGGAUGCUUUCUGAGGGGGAAACAUACAUUUUAGUUUACACAAGUGCAUCUCAAAUUUGAAUAUUGUCAGUUUUUUUUUUUUUUUUUUUUUUUUAAGUCUGUGGAUUCAAAAAGUUAAAUUCGUACUAUACAAUCCAUUAAAAGGGAAGUUUGCAGUUUUAAAACCACAAGCUAGAUUUUAAUGUAGCUUCACUUCACCAAUCCUUCCCCUCUUUCGAGUCCUUUACCAAAGCCCCGCCCCUCACUGACGUGCACGAGCACGAUUCUCAAAUAUGGCCGUUCAUAAUGACAUGCGAUUAUGUAAGUGCGUAGUUGUGAUAGAUGCUAACAGAGAACGCUGUCCAGCAUCAACAAAGAAGAAGCAUUCCUAAGCUAGCAUUUGCACCAUAAACAAGCCGAUGUUAGCUGCGGCUGCUACGUUGAUAGGAUGACUUAUUUGUGAUAGAGUGUUACAAUAACAAAAUGUUAUCAGUUUUAUUUUUGGAAUGUGCAAUUAAUUAUAUAUAAAAAAGAGGUGAUACACUUGCCUGUUCAGCAGAAAUUUUGCUAAUUCUGCAUCACUUCCGAAUCCUUAGCUGCAUGAGGUCCGUUGGUCGGCUUUUUUUUUUUUUUGGGGUGUGUGUGUGUGGGGGGGGGGUAUUGUGCCCAGUUGCUAGCAAAUGAAGGAUGGGCAAAGCACCUGAAGCCCAAGCAAGCAGGUCACCGCAAGGUUAGAGGAGUGUGCCAGUGACCAGCUACAUGUGUGCCUUUGAGUGCACGGUAAAUGAUUGACACCAUGUCGGUCAUGCCGUCUGUUUCUGAUUGGUGGUUGUUCCUCGGACGCGGUAGAUUCGUGAGAAUCUAAACACAGGUACAAGAUGGGGCCAGAGGGAUGAGGCUGCUCCCCCCCCCCCCCAAAAUGAUCAUUUUACUUAUAUACUACUGUCAGGUUUAUACAGAAAGUUUUAACAAAAUGACAAAAAGUGAUUGUUUUGAAAACUUCAAACUCCCCCUUUGAACACAGGGGGGAAAAAAAUUUCAGUAGGUCAAUUCCUCCCAAAUUUCAAUGUUUCAAAUCAUUUAAAUUGUUUAUUAUGUUAUAUUCUAAUUGUAAAAGAUUGUUUAUUUGUGUUUUUUGUUUGCUGUAAAAUAUAGGAAUCCAGAUUAUUAAAAAAAAGAAUCAUGGAAUUUCUCAGUGUGUACUGAAUCUAUAGAUGUAUGAGUUUCACUUUUUGAAUUGACUCACUGAGAAAAAAAAAAAGUUUUUCCACAACUAAUUUAUUAGGAUUCACCUGUAUAUAAAAUCAGGUCUAUUAAUUUGAAUGUUUGAUACUGAAACGCCAACAAUGCUUGACUUUUUAAAUGUGGGACCGCAAAGCCUCUGUAUUAUGGACUCAAGUCUUUGUCUCCACACCACAUUGUUUGCCUGACACCUAAAAAGCACCCCCGGUGAAUUAAAAAAAUAAAAAAAUACAUAAUU